UAUAAAUACCAGAACUACUCCCAUCUACUCCCAGUUCCGGCAUCAUGAAAGUCGUCUUUGUCCUAGCACUAGCAGCCUUAGUGUCGGCGGGCCCUAACCGUCCCAAGGUUGCCGACAUUGUUGUCAAAAAUGUAAAAUGGGAGCCCAGCCCCCGAAUUAUCAACGGCCACGAAGCUGUCCCUCACUCUCUUCCCUACAUGGUUCAUCUUCUAUUUGUUGCAUCCAGUUCUGCGUGGAUGUGUGGUGGUGCUCUUAUUUCGGAAAACUACAUCCUAACAGCAACUCAUUGUGGACGUGGAGCGGAAAGAGUUUACGUGACCCUGGGUGUUCACAAUACUUCAGCUGCAGAACCCACUCAAGUCAAGCAGACAGUUCCCGGUGCCAACAUUAAACUUCAUGAAGAAUACGGGUCAGACAGUGUAGCCAAUGAUAUAGCAGUCAUCAGAUUAAAUUCUCCUGUUAGUUUGACUGAUGCCAUUCAAAUUGUUGGUUUGCCGACGCGAGCUGAUGUCGAGAAUGACUAUUUAAAUGCUGUGGCCACUGCCAGUGGUUGGGGUUCGACUGACGGUUAUGAAUUUAAGGUUUCUGAUGUACUUAAUUACAUAGUAGUCAGGGUUAUUAGCGACCGGGAGUGUCAGGACGCAUUUGCCCCAGUAAUACCGCCUAAAACUUUAUGCACGUCAGGAGAGCACCUAACUAGUGUUUGCGCUGGAGACUCUGGCAGCCCUCUUGUUACGGACGGUGUGGUGAUUGGAGUGUCAGCUUUUGUGUCAACACAUUGUCAAGCUAGGUUUCCGUCUGGAUGGACGAGGGUUACGGACUUUUUGGACUGGAUCGCAGACAAUACAGAUGUCGAAAUCGCAAAUAAGUGAAAACUCUUUGUCUAAAUAAAGAUUAUAGUCAUGUUCUUAA